AAAUGACGUCGUAAAGGACGCUUCGUGCGCGUUGGUCAGUGCUUGUCUUUGUCAACGUUACCGGUAUCCUAUCGUCAUAAAAGAGGGUAACAAUAGAGCAAAGAAUCAUGAGUACUAAAGGAAAGAAGAAAAUACCAAGGCCUUUGAAUGCGUUUAUGCUGUUUGCCAAUGACCACAGGGCACAGUUCAGAAAAACCCAUCCCGGGGAGACCAAUUCUAAAAUCAGUGUCAGACUUGGGGAGGCAUGGAAAGAGCUAAAUGGAAAAGACAAAACACGAUAUUACCAGCUGUCGAAGAAAGCCGAGAUCGAACAUCGUAACAAGUAUCCGGAUUACACUUAUUGUCCAAAAGAAGCAAGGUCGAGCAAACGGGCUCGUCGUGAACGACUAUCGAAUGGUUCGGAAAACUGUGAAAAAGCAGCAGAUUCAUCAUCAUCUUUGAGCCCACCCAGUGCAUCAAACAGCAGUGAACAAUGCGCGGACGUCGGUCGAGGAAAAUCUGUUCCAGUUAGAUGCGAGGGAGUGAAACCUCAGCCAAAAGAAGACACACCAUGUUCCGAUGGCAUGUACAGGAGAGAUAUGUGGCACUGCGGCCAGGGUGACCAGAUGACAGCAUACCCCCUGCCAUAUGGGCCUCAGUACCUGCCACCAAUGAUGUACCCAAGGUUUCCGUGCUGGGAAUAUCGAUCACAUCCUUACAUGCCAUCGCAGCUCCCUCGAAUGCCAUUCAUGGCCCAUCCAAUGAUGUAUGCCUGUCCCCCACAUCAAGCAACCUUUGGAUAUCCCGUGAAUCAACAGCCUGAACAUAAGGAAGGCGUAUCGACAUCCUCUGUUCAGUCAACCAGUACUUCCACAGAACAAGAGUCCGGUGCCUUCAAAACGGUGGACACUUCCCAAAUUCAGUUCACUCCGGUAUCCUCGAAAAACGCUAAAGACAACCACCCAAUCGCUGUUCCUGUAACCACAGCGCCGAAGUUGGAGCUCUUUGUCCCAAGUUAUGUCCAAGGUCACCCGGUGCCGGCACCAUUUCCAGGAAAUGUUCAGUAUCCGUACAACACCAACCUUCAGUAUACCCAGCAACCUUAUGGAAUGACCAUGAUGGCAUCUGAGCCAAGUUCUGUGACUGUGAGUUCCCAUUACGAACAACCAUACGUCUGUCGAACAAAUGAGCACGAGAAGUCAUUCUCUGCUGAACUUAAGAGCAUUGGUGAGCCCGAUGUAAAGACCUACGCGGAUCUCUGAAAGGGACAAACUGAGAUCAUUGCUAUUCCAACUACUUUACCACAGAGGACCCAAGACGGCUUAGCAAGCGGGUCGACUUAAAUCAUUCACAGUGGAAAAAGACCACGUUCACAAAACUCAGUAAUUCAAAUGUCGUAUCUUCCAUCGUUAAUUACGCCGCCCCAAAGAACUAUUACCCAGACAAGGACAUUUCCGAAAAAAAAAAAAAAAAAUGGCAUAUAUAUAUGAGAAAUUGGAUUUCAGAAGUUUUGUAAAAAUGGUCAUCGGCCUAGAGUUUUAAACUGCUCCCAAAACACACUCUUUAUUGCAAUAAAGAAUGACAUUCCACCAAGUUACGGAUAAAAUGCUUGGCGCACGUCAUGAUUGUCUUAAGUCACCAAACUGGAUAUACAUGUAUAUGCAUUCAUAAGAUCUAAGUGUACAUUGGAAAGGAGACUGAUUAUAUUUGAACACUCAACUGAAGUACAUAUGUGUGAUCACAGUGAGCAGCUACCUUAUAAUGCAACAAAAUCUGAACAAACCGUUUUAUACAUGUAUUACAUAAGCACUCCUGAAAGUUGUUGAGAGCGCCACAUUGGCGGCAUGUUUAUUUUAACUGUCACUUUAAUCCGGCAUCAGUGAUAUGAUAUUUUUUUACCUUGUCACAUGUGUCUUCUUUGUGUUACGUCGAUUUUCUCAUUGUACCUUGUGAAUCUGUUAUGGUACUUUGUUCUGUUCUUCUUCUCAAGAGUGAACAGACUUUAUUUAUAAAUGUUUCAUAAUAUAUGUUAGUGAUCUU